UAUUGAUAUAAUUAUGAAAUAUAAUAAUUUUUUUAUUUAUAAUUUUACAUUAUAUAAAUUAUUAAAAUUAUAGAAAUUAUAUAAAUAAAAAUGUAUAUAAAUUUUUGAGCGCUGCAAUCGAUGCAGAGUUGCCGAUCAUCUCGUAUAUUUAUUAUACGACUUUUUGAUUUUGGUUACUUUUAUUAAGAAAAAUUUUUAAAAAGAUAUUUAAAGAAUAUUUGAUAAGGUUUAAUAGUAAUUUAGAAGCUAUUAUUCAAGUAAUUAUAAUAAUUCGUACUCAGUACAUUGUGGAAUGUGCGAGGAGGAGCUACUGUGUUACGCAGCUCUGCAUGAUGCCAUCCGAAAAAUGCGUAAUAAACACGAAGAAUUCGUGUCUUAUGCAUUAUCGAGUUAACAUUUUACCACUCGACGUGAGAUAUGAACUGUUUAAUUGGAAUACAUUUACGACUAAACAAUAUAAAUCCGUAUUUCUUAUUUUUACUCGGUAGCACGUAUACGUGGCAACAGAGCAAAGUUGUCGAGUGCUCUGUCACUUCCUAGUCAAAAGAAAUUCUUCGAGCACAAACAAUAAUAUAUUUACACUGUUAAAAUAGUAGAAUACGGUGUAACUUUAAAAGAAUACUGAAAAUAGAAAUCAAUAACUUCCGUAUAUUGUAUUUACUGAUAUAUUUAUGAUUUUUGUAUAUAUAAUAAGCUGAUGUUGGCUAUAUUUCUAAAUGGCUACAUUUUUAUUAUUGUCCUCCUAAUAACACAAUGGAGGAGCCAGCAAAGAAAAAACAACGUAUUGAAAACAAUGAAAUUGAAAAAGAUACAUUAUCAGAUAUUGAGCAAUUACAAAAUAGUCUAUUGGCACAAUGCUUAUGUAAUAUACCAGAAAGUAGUUUGCGUAAACCAUUUACUAGUGCAACAGUGGAAGCUGCAGAUGGUACUUUCAGAUCUUCAUUAUUAUCAGAAUGGGAACCUGAUCAAACUUUGGAAUUCAUAAGUGCUUUACAGCUUUUAUUUGAUUUAGCCAUUAAACAAAACAUUAGAGGUGUUAUGUGCAGAAGAGUUGUAGAUGUUUGUGAUGCGCUGGCGCGAAACGAGCAUAGCAUUAUAGAUCAAAUAAUCGACCUAUCAUGUACAACAAAUAAAUUUAUAUCAUUUGCGGCUAGCAGAGUUCUUGCAUCAUUUUUUAUUAUAACAAAAGAAAAUAUUGACACAGCAUGGUUAGAAAGAUUAACGCAAUCUUUAGUGAAUACUCAUUCUCCAAGCCAAAUGCUAUUUACAUUGGAUGUUGUGAAAAGAGUUGUGGAACACAAGGACUGCAGUAUUCAUCCUUUUGAGGACACAGACAGUAUAGUAUCACCAUCAAAUUGUAAUACAAUAUCAAUUUCAGAUGCAGAAAGUUUUGAUAGUACACCAGUAAAAGCAAUGUGUGUCAAAGCAUUAGAAUCUAAAUGGACUAUAUUAGUAUCAAAAUUUGAUGCUAUUUUAAGUUCAUAUACACCUCAACAUGAAUCAGCUGUUAUUACAUUCCUUGAUUUAUGGGAAUCUAUUAUUUCUGUUAAAGCCAACUUAUCUGUUAUUGAUACCAAACUUUUUUAUUCUCAAUUAGACAAUCUUGUUGUACUUUUAAAUGCCAAUGUUCCUGGUGUAAUUUGGAGACAUCUUCUUGGAUUAUUUAAUGAAGUAUUGUGUUAUGGAAGUACUUUGGCAUUACAAGAUGUAUUGCCAGAUGAACCAUGUUCUCUUGCACAUUUGAUUGUAAGAGCUGUUAAAGAUUGGAGAUUAUUGGAUGCUCUGCCAUAUAGAUAUGGUUCUGGAAGAUUUGGAGGAGGUUCUGGUGAAGGUGAUCGCCCCCUUCUACAAAAGAUAAUACUUUUAGUUUUAAAAAGUGUUGCUGUGACUGUUAAAGAGACACGUAGCGAUUCUAGUGACUCUUCUUUGGGUUCUGAAGCAGAAGAUCUUGAUGCUGAUAUGGCAGUUAUUGAAAGAAGUAUUAGAGAAGUUUUACGACAACUUGAUCAGUGUGUUAAAACUUUAAUGCCAUUUCAUCCUGAAAUGCCUUUAUCACAGUGGGUUGUACAAAUGUUUCAUGAUCAAGAUGAUUUUUUGAUUGAAGGCAUGGUAUGUUGUUUAGAUGUAGCUGUUGGUUUAUUUUAUAGAGGACCUCCACAAAAUGAUCUUGGUCAUAUGCUUAGUCCAACUUUAACUUUUAUACAAUUUAUACAUGCUGUAUCACAUGAUCCAGAUGUCUUAUUAGAUUUACUUGUUAGUAAUGAGACUUGUUUCUUAUUAUACUUAUUGCGAUUUUUAAAAUAUGUUAAAAGAAAUUGGACAGAAUUUGUUUCUUGUUGUGGAAGAGAACUAGAUGAUACCAUGACAAUAUUGAUAAGACUUCGUUUAGCAAUUGAUAGAUUAGUUUCAAAAGCUUUGUUUCCUUAUAACAUAAAUCCAGUUCUACGUUUGUUAGAAAAAUGUGAAUCCUUCUAUGAAGGAAAUAUAGAUAACUAAUUAUUUGUAUGAGAUUCAAAAUUUAACUUUAGAAUGAUCAUUAGAUUGAUGUACAAAUUGUAAGAAUAAAAGUUUUAUCAUUUGAUUUAUCAGUCAAAAAAUAAUACAAAA